GUAACAUCAAUCGUCUACUUACUUCUGUUUACUUGUGUUUACUUGUGUUUAAUUGUGUUUACUUAUGUUUACUUCUGUUUACUUCUGUUUACUUGUGUUUACUUGUGUUUACUUGUGUUUACUUUUGUUUCCUUGUGUUUACUUAUGUUUAAUUGUGUUUAAAUAUGUUUACUUACGUCUACUUACGUCUACUUAUGUUUACUUAUGUUUUCUUAUGUUUACUUCUGUUUACUUUUGUUUACUUGUGUUUACUUGUGUUUACUUGUGUUUACUUGUGUUUACUUGUGUUUACUUGUGUUUACUUAUGUUUACUUGUGUUUACUUGUGUUUACUUGUGUUUACUUGUGUUUACUUGUGUUUACUUGUGUUUACUGGUGUUUACUGGUGUUUACUUGUGUUUGCUUGUGUUUGCUUGUGUUUACUUGUGUUUACUUGUGUUUACUUUUGUUUACUUAUGUUUACUUUUGUUUACUUGUGUUUACUUUUGUUUACUUAUGUUUACUUGUGUUUACUUGUGUUUACUUAUGUUUACUUCAGUUUACUUAUGUUUACUUGUGUUUACUUCUGUUUACUUGUGUUUACUUAUGCUUUCUUAUAAUUUACUUGUGUUUAAUUGUGUUUAAAUAUGUUUACUUACGUCUACUUAUGUUUACUUAUGUUUUCUUAUGUUUACUUAUGUUUACUUUUGUUUACUUAUGUUUACUUGUGUUUACUUCUGUUUACUUGUGUUUACUUAUGUUUACUUGUGUUUUCUUAUGUUUACUUGUGUUUACUUGUGUUUACUUAUGUUUACUUAUGUUUACUUUUGUUUACUUGUGUUUACUUGUGUUUACUUAUGUUUACUUGUGUUUACUUCUGUUUAUUUGUGUUUACUUGUAGUUGUUGUAUUAUGUUAUGUACAUUACAAUUUUUUUUUUCAAACAUACUUUGAUUGAAGAACAUUUGCUAUUAAAUAAAACAUUUUAUGGUAAAAAUGUUCAAGUAUUUUGCUUCUUUUAAAUUUACCUCUUAAAAGAUCAUUUUAUGUUUGUCUAGUGUUUGCUGUACGGCUGAGCAAUUUUGAAUCAUAUUAAUCUUUCUGUUCCAUUUUAACGCGAUUACACUAAAGGAAAUUUUUAUGUUUUAUCAUAGAAAAACAUUUUUUUCAAUCUAAAGCCACAUGCUGUUAAUACUUAUGUUAUCUUAGACAUAAAAACAAUUCUGUAGUUUUUCGUAGUCUUUUGCUAUUCACAGUGAUCAAGAAUCAUUGAUUUUUCAUAAAACUAACUACAGUUAAAGCAUCAAUAUUAUACAACUUUAAGUCCUAUCAUGAGUAUCUAAAGCUAAGAAUAAUUAUUGAGCAGCAUUAAAUUUGAGGACCUUAGAGGGAAAUUUCCAAUGUAUUUUUUUCACAGUUGUAUCACAGGAAAUAGGUGAAUAUAAAGGAGUUUUUCCACAAAACAUUGGCAGUUCAUAGGUGUUUAGAGAAGUAACUUCUCUUCAAUAUGAUUGGCAGUUCAUAUUUUUAAACUAUUCGUAUCACUUGCUUAUAUGUGUAGAUAGAUUGCAUUAUGAAAUUAUGAGUCAAAAAGUUACCAUUGUUACAAGUGACGUGGUGAAAAUUCGUCCAUUUGUUGAUAAAGAACAGAUAAAAGAGAUAGCAGAGAAAUGUUUUGGUCUUCAAAUUGACGAAUGCAGUGAAAUUAAAGAAGCAAUUUCUUAUGAUGACCGAAAUUUUAUAUUUAAAGGUAAACUGAACGCUCGUGGAAAUCAAACUGAUGAAGUGUACCAGUGUUUCGAUAAAUUUGUUUUGAAAAUUUAUAAUGCUUCCCAAACUCCUGGUUUUCCUUGGUUUUCACACAUCAAUGGUAUGGUAGCUGCUAUAUAUGAGAAAUGCCAAAACAAUUUUAAAGUGCCAUUACCAAUUGGUGAUGUGAAAUCAAAUGGGAACUGUGUUUUGUAUGAUAUACCACUGGAAAAAAAUGUUGAAGCAAGUGAAGAAUUGUUACAGGAGUUAUGUUUAAACAAUAAAUUUGUAUCUAAAGAAAAUUCGUGGUAUUUUGUGAAACAUGUAGUUCGAUUAACAGCAUUUAUACCUGGUCAGGUUAUCGAAAUUAAAAGUAUGGAUGAUGAUAUGGCGUUUUGUUAUGGAAAGUGUGCUGCACAGUUGGAUACUGUUCUAAAAACAUUUCCGAAGCCACACGUAGAUUAUCGCAGCGACUCGGAGUGGAAUAUGGUGAACAUAGAUAAGAUGCUGGAUCUCUGCAUUUCUACCAUGACGAACGAAGAAAGAAAAGGAAGAGCUGUAGACUUAAUCAACAAGUUCAAAUCCAACGUAGUGCCAAAGUUGGAGAAUUUACCGAAACAGUGGAUUCACAGCGAUAUAAACGAAUUUAACGUUUUAAAAAACAACUAUGACAAAAUCGUCGGAAUUAUCGAUUUUGAUGAUAUGACGUAUUCGUAUCGCGUCAUCGAUGUUGGUAUCGCGUUGAUGCAUAUCUCGUAUUCUGCAACGAAAGAACGCUGUUUUCGUAACAUACAACAAUUUUUGCGCGGGUAUAUUUCAAUAUCUCCGCUUGAGAAGAAUGAAAUCAAUCUUUUGUAUACGAUAAUGUUAGCUCGGUACAUACAGUGCAGUAUAGCUGGGGAAUACUGGUAUAAUUGCAUUGCCCCUGGGAACGAAUAUUUGCUAGUGGUUCCUAAUCAAGCGUGGAAUACUUUGAGUUAUAUAAUGAAUGAGGGGGAGAGCAAAUUUUAUGAAGUUAUUUCGUGACUUACAUUUUUAAAGCAAUGUUUUAACUUGGCUCCUGUUUUCUUCAAGGUUCACAGCAAGCCUUAAAGGAGAAUUAACGACUGAGAACAAGUUGUGUUUAAAAUUUUUUUUGCAUCAAUACAUCUAGAAAGAUAACAACAGAUGCUUCAUUUAAUUAGCUAGACUUGGAAAUAAAACUUCAAAUGAAUAUACGCAAUAAAGUGUACUGGAUUUUGUGAUACCUUAUUCGGAGGAACUUUCGCGAGAAAAACUAUCGCGAAUUUCGCGUUUUUGGGCCUUUUUGCGAAACUUUGUCUCGCAAAACUUUCAAAAAAUGGCCAUUCAGAGUUUAUUCAGUACAAACUUUCUAAAUUGUCGAUUCGCGAAAGUUUAUUGACUAAAAUUUUAAAAAAAAUUUGCAGUUUUUGAAAGUUAUUUCCCUCACGUGGCUCACCCUCCCGAUAUAAAAAAGGAACAACGUUGAAGCCUUUGCAUGCUGGGUGGGUGAUUGCCUUUAGCAACUACAUAACAUCAGCCGAUGGUAAAGAUAUCAUCAUUAAUGAAUGGAAACCCGCUGGAAUACACAACACCAUUGUACUUAGAUUAAGAAAGCUACCGACGAUAGAUCCUUUCCAUGAUAUUAAUCCCUUGCUCGAUCAAGACCCUACCUUAUUAGCUUUGAAUCUGGACACGGUUUGCAGAAUUGAUGAAGAGGAGCGGAAUGCUUAUAACCAAGUUAGUGGCGAAGAAGACGAUGACGACGAUGCGUGGGAGCCGGAAAAAGACGAGCCUAGAAAUGUGUUUGAUCUGCUUUGUGAUUUUGACGAUGAACCCAAUUUGUAAAAAGACGUUUUUACAUACCAUUAGAAAGAAAAUUACAUCGUUAAAAAACACUUCUUCCUUUUUCUAUCAUAAGAAAUAUAGGCCACCUUUUUUAUAAGAAAAUAGAAAAUAAGUUCAUAAUCACGAAUCGCGAAAGUUUAUCUCGCCAAAACUUUCCAAUUGCGGAUUUCGCGAAAGUUUCUCCAAAUAACGUAGUAAAACAAAACAAAAAUCGUCUCAAGUUUUUCUCUGUUUACCUGCUUUCUACAAUGAUGUUGUUCUAUUGGAAUUAAACUUGUCUUCUCCAUCGCUCAAACCACGCGAUAAAUUAUAAUCUUUUUUGGAGGACCAAGAAGCGAGUGCAUUCUCAUAAGUGUAUGUUCGCUGCUGACGUCACAAAUCAAGAAAAUAUGUACGAACCAAGUUAGCUUUCAUUUGAUAAUGGCUUUUCUGGGACGAAAUUUGGACGUAAUAAAAUGAGAAAAUUUAAAAAAAUUUAUGCCAUGUUUUCGUGAUAUGUAAGAAUGUUUUUAUUACAUAAAAACAUAUAUGUAGUUUCUUUCGUUAGUUCUUCUUUAAAGUAGACAUAGUUUUGCAGAAAAUUUAGGAAUAUAUAAAGGAGAAAUUUAGUGGAAAAUUAGAGAAUUUCAUAGAGGCCCGUACGGCCUAAAUAAAUGUAAUUCGGAUUUUAUGAAUAAAAUCGAAGUA